AUGACCUGUCUUAAUGUAUUAAUGACCUGUCUUAAUGUAUUAAUGACCUGUCUUAAUGUAUUAAUGACCUGUCUUAAUGUAUUAAUGACCUGUCUUAAUGUAUUAAUGACCUGUCUUAAUGUAUUAAUGACCUGUCUUGAUGUAUUAAUGACCUGUCUUAAUGUAUUAAUGACCUGUCUUAAUGUAUUAAUGACCUGUCUUAAUGUAUUAAUGACCUGUCUUGAUGUAUUAAUGACCUGUCUUAAUGUAUUAAUGACCUGUCUUAAUGUAUUAAUGACCUGUCUUAAUGUAUUAAUGACCUGUCUUGAUGUAUUAAUGACCUGUCUUGAUGUAUUAAUGACCUGUCUUGAUGUAUUAAUGACCUGUCUGUGA